AUGGCGUCAACAGGUCUCCAGCUGCUGGGCUUAGUGCUGGCUCUGCUGGGCUGGGCGUGUGGAGCACUGGUGUGUGCUUCUCCGCUGUGGCGUGUAUCUGCCUUCGUAGGUGGAGAGCUGGUGAUUGCACAGGUGCUGUGGGAGGGACUGUGGAUGAACUGCCUCUCUCAGACCACAGGCCACAUCCAGUGCAAGACCUAUGACUCCACCUUGGCCCUGCCAACGUCUGCCCAAGCGGCUCGAGGCCUCACAAUUAUCUCUCUGCUUCUCUGUAUUCUGGCUGUCAUACUCGGGGUGUUGGGGGCCAAGUGCACUCACUGCAUGGCGAAUGGAGGCCAGACCUCCAAGGCUCGGCUCGCCAGGAUAGCAGGGAUCCUCUUCAUUGUAGCUGGUCUCGCCUACCUGUUGCCCAUCUGUUGGACCGCCUACGCCAUAAUCAGAGAUUUCUACGAUCCAAACGUUGCAGCGCCUCUAAAGAGAGAACUGGGGCCGGCGUUAUACUUAGGCUGGGGGUCCAGCCUGCUGCUCCUUGUGGGGGGAGCUCUGCUGCAUGUCGGCUCUUCUGCUCCAGGAGCAAGAGCGCUGCCUGUUUUUGGUGCAGCAGCAAAGGCCACCUCAGAUACGGGGUCAGCAGGAGAGGUGAAGCAACAGGAAAAAUCUUUUGUGUGA